CUUGAUUAUCCGUUAAAAAAAAUCGUAGAUAUAUCUGAUUUCUUCUAACGUUGUGAUGAGUACUUUAUGUGAAUAUAAAAAGGGAGACACUAUCAUUUUUGCAUCCAUAAAAAAAACGCAACAGACAUAAAAGAAACGUAAACAAAAGUUUUUUAAAAGCUUCAUCAUGGCUAUGUCAGGAACAUACGUGGCAGAGGUUCCUCUGAAAGGGUCGGCGAAGAACCAUUAUAAGAGGUGGAGAAGCGAAAACCACCUCUUCCCGGACGCCGUCGGCCAUCACAUCCAAGGUGUCACGGUCAACGAAGGCGACUGGGACUCGUACGGCGCCAUCAAGUCCUGGAACUACACAUGCGAUGGGAAGCAAGAGGUGUACAAGGAGAAGAGAGAGUUUGACGACGACAAGAUGGCGGUGACGUUUAGAGGGCUGGAGGGUCACGUGAUGGAGCAGCUUAAGGUGCAUGACGUCAUCUUCCAGUUCAUCCCCAAGACUGAGCACGGCUGCGUCUGCAAAGUCACUAUGAUGUGGGAGAAGCGCUACGAAGACUCUCCAGAGCCUAUCAACUACAUGAAGUUCGCCAAGAGCCUUGCUGCUGACAUGGACGACCACAUUCUCAAGAACCAGAAUAAGGUUUAAAACAUGUGUCUUUUGUGUUUGUCUCGCACAUAAUCAUCCGCCUAGUUCCUUUUCUUUGUACAGUUUAUGCUUUAAUAAUGGCGGUCUUGUAUGCUUGUGUAUUAUCGGUCUUUUGGAAACUUUCAAUCCUGUCAAAUCCCAAUUUCUUAUAGUCAUGUUCUGCCUUUGGAGAUUUUAUGUUGGUCCAAGCAGUAUUUUUCAUAACUAAGUAACUAAA